GAGCGCCCGCCAUGCCUGUCGCCCCCGCCGCGCGGCUGCUCCGGCUGCUGCUCCUGCUGGGGCCGUGGCUCCCGGCUGCGGGCGCCGUGGAGCCGCCGCUGCCCGCCGUGGUCCUUACCAUCCUGGCCCGCAAUGCCGAGCACUCGCUGCCCCACUACCUGGGCGCGCUGGAGCGGCUGGACUACCCCCGGGCCAGGCUGGCCCUCUGCCUCAGAGCCCAAGCCGAAGACCCCCUCCUUCCCCCUGGGCCCUCUGGUUGCCUUGACCUAGCUGGAGGGCAGCAGGCCGAGCAGCUGGCGUGCCCUGGGUCCCCACGUGGCAGAGAUCAGCAGAACUGGGGGUUCCGGGGAGCAGGCAGAGGCAAACAGCAUCUCUUCGGUCCAGUCCUGACUCGGAGAGGGGAAGGGACUGACCUGUGGUGUCCUGGCAAGGAAGGAAGGUGUCCAGGGUGUGCCACAGACCACAACACAGACAACACCACGGAGAUGCUGCAGGAGUGGCUAGCUGCUGUGGGUGAUGACUAUGCAACUGUGGUCUGGAGGCCCGAGGGGGAGCCCAGGUCCUACCCAGAUGAAGAGGGUCCCAAGCAUUGGACCAAAGAAAGGCACCAGUUUCUGAUGGAGUUGAAACAGGAAGCCCUGACCUUUGCCAGGGACUGGGGGGCUGAUUAUAUCCUGUUUGCAGAUACAGACAACAUUCUGACCAACAACCAGACACUGAGGCUUCUGAUAGACCAGGGGCUGCCUGUGGUGGCCCCAAUGCUGGACUCUCAGACUUACUACUCCAAUUUCUGGUGUGGGAUAACCCCCCAGGGUUACUACCGCCGCACCGCCGACUACUUCCCCACCAAGAAUCGCCAGCGCCGGGGCUGCUUCCAAGUCCCCAUGGUCCAUUCCACCUUCUUGGUAUCCCUGCGGACUGAGGGGGCAGCCCAGCUCGCCUUCUACCCCCCGCAUCCCAACUACAGCUGGCCCUUCGAUGAUAUCAUCGUCUUCGCUUAUGCCUGCCAGGCUGUUGGGGUUACGAUCCAUGUGUGCAAUGAGCACCGUUACGGGUACAUGAAUGUGCCUGUGAAACCCCACCAGGGGCUGGAGGACGAGAAGGUCAACUUCAUCCACCUGAUCUUGGAAGCGCUAGUGGAUGGGCCCCCAAUGUGGGCCUCAGCUCAUGUGUCCCGGCCCCCAAAGAGACCCAGCAAGAUGGGGUUUGAUGAGGUGUUCGUCAUCAGCCUGGCCCGCCGGCCCGACCGCCGUGAGCGCAUGCUAAGCUCACUCUGGGAGAUGGAGGUGUCUGGGCGGGUGGUGGAUGCUGUGGAUGGCCGGACACUCAACAGCAGCCUCAUGAGGAGCCUCGGUGUAGACCUCCUCCCUGGCUACCAGGACCCCUACUCGGGCCGCACACUGACCAAGGGCGAGGUGGGCUGCUUCCUCAGCCACUACUCCAUCUGGGAAGAGGUGGUUGCCAGGCGCCUGGCCCGCAUCUUGGUGUUUGAGGAUGACGUGCGCUUUGAGAGCAACUUCAGGGGGCGACUGGAGCGGCUGAUGGAAGAAGUGGAGGCAGAGAAACUGCCAUGGGACCUAAUCUACCUCGGUCGCAAACAGGUGAACCCUGAAGAGGAGGCAGCUGUGGAGGGGCUGCCACACCUGGUGGUGGCUGGGUACUCCUACUGGACCCUGGCAUACGUCUUGAGCCUGGCGGGUGCUCGCAAGUUGCUGGCCUCCCAGCCGCUGCACCGAAUGCUGCCUGUGGACGAGUUCCUGCCCAUCAUGUUUGACCAGCACCCUAAUGAGCAGUACAAGGCACACUUCUGGCCUCGGGACCUGCGUGCCUUCUCCGCACGGCCCUUGCUCGCGGCGCCCACCCACUACGCAGGGGACGCUGAGUGGCUCAGCGACACGGAAACAUCCUCGCCCUGGGACGAUGACAGCGGCCGCAUCAUCAGCUGGAGUGGCUCUCACAAGACCCUGCGUGGCGCCCGCCUGGACCUGGCUGGCAGCAGUGGGCACAGCCUCCACCCUCAUCCCCGGGAUGAGCUCUAGGUCCAGGUGACUCCAGAGAAGUGUCCAGGAGCAGGCUGCAGCUGGCCAGGGAGCAGAGUUGGAGAUGGUGCUAAGAACCGCCGCCAGGAGCCACAGGCCCCAUAGAGACCCAACUGUCACCUUAGGCACAGCUACUCUGCCCUCUGGCCCCGUCUCACAUCGGGAGAAACCACUCAGAGAUGGCUCCCCUCCCUGAAGGUCAUGUAGAGAAAGGGCAGGGCUCUCAGGCCCUCUCACCCUGCCCAGCCUAACUCAGGGCCUGGGGUCAAGGGAAGGGGGGGCUCCCCAGCCUUCAGUUUCAAGCUGGAUAGACACCUGGAUCCCUGUCCUCCCCAUGGACCCAACUGCUGGGGCCUCUCCAUCACCUUCUACCUCCACCUCAGCCCCUCCCCAGUCAACACCUGGGUCUCACCUGCUGGGACCCAUCCUCUCCCCUGGCCAGUGGGAUGUGCAGGGAGGGGGGAGGAGGACCCUUGCAGACCUAAUGCCCAGCACAUAAUAGGCCCUCAAUAAAAGCCAGCUGGUAUUUGCACUUUAUAUUUUUAA